AUGUCCGUCUCCAGAUACCCCUACCCAGGCCAUAAACACGCCUCCGGUCAAAUCCUCCACAUCUGGAUCCUAAGCGACGUUCAAGACCCAUCCAUUGUCCCCGACCUCUUCGAAUUAAUUCUCAAAGGUCCCGCUUCAAGGCUUCAAACCGCCUUAAACGGUGUGGCAUAUGGUGGUGAGCCUGGGUAUGAUGAUGCUGAGUUAUGGUUGAUGGCGACAUGGCAUACAUCCGCCUCCGAUAAUAAGGAACAUUGUACAUUCAGAUUGUUUAGGGGUAUUAGCAGUGGAAAGCCCCAGAACGACGAGAGUUAUCAUCUCUAUCGUGACGGAUCAUCUCGCAGCUGGAUUCAUUAA